GUGGGGAGCACCCAGUGUCCUCCCGCUCAGUCCCACCGUCAGCCCUCCACCCUGACAUCACCUUUAUUUUUCUCUAGACACUUCCUUCAGCCACCGAUUCCUGGCUCCUCCCCGUUGAGUAAGUGCCAAGAAGCUGUGGUUUCUGUUUCCUCGCUGAGCCCCGCCCUGUGCAGAGUUCUGUUCAACAAGUGAGGAAGAGAGCAUUGGUUCCCCUGAGACAGAAGAAAUGGCUUUCUUCAGCGUCCAGCCUCCGUACAUGAACCCAGCCAUCCCCUUUACUGGAAUAAUCCAAGGAGGGCUGCAGGAGGGACUUCAGAUCACCCUCCAGGGGACUAUCCACACUUUUGCAAAUAGGAUUGCCGUGAACUUUCAGACCGGCUUCAGUGGAAAUGACAUCGCCUUCCACUUCAAUCCCCGGUUUGAGGAAGGAGGGUAUGUGGUUUGCAACACGAAGCAGAAAGGGCAGUGGGGGCCUGAGGAAAGGAAGAUGCAGAUGCCCUUCAAGAAGGGGAUACCCUUUGAACUUUGCUUCCUGGUGCAGAGGUCAGAUUUCAAGGUCAUGGUGAACAAGAACUUCUUCGCUCAGUACUCGCACCGUGUCCCCUACCACCUCGUGGAUACCAUCGCUGUCUCUGGCAACUUGCAGCUGUCCUUCAUCACCUUCCAGAACUCUGCAGCCCCUGUGCAGCCUGUCUUCUCCACAGUGCAGUUCUCUAAGCCAGUCCAGUUCCCACGGGCCCCCAAGGGGCGCAAACAGAAAACUCAGAGCUUUCAGACUGCCCACCAGGCACCCGUGGCUCAAACUAUUGUCCACACAGUUCACAGUGCCCUUGGACAGAUGUUCUCUACUCCUGGGAUCCCUCCUCCUAUGGCAUACCCCUCCCCAGCCUAUCCUAUUCCUUUCUUCACCACCAUCCCAAGUGGGCUCUACCCAUCCAAGUCCAUCAUCAUAUCAGGCAAUGUCUUGCCAGAUGCUAAGAGGUUCCAUAUCAACCUUCGCUCUGGAAGUGACAUUGCUUUCCACCUGAACCCCCGUUUAAAUGAGAAGGCUGUAGUCCGAAACACUCAGAUCAACAACUCCUGGGGGCCCGAAGAGCGAAAUCUGCCUGGGAGAAUGCCCUUCAGUUGUGGCCAGAGCUUCUCAGUGUGGAUCUUAUGUGAAGGUCACUGCUUCAAGGUGGCCGUGGAUGGUCAACACAUGUGUGAAUACUACCACCGCCUGAAGAACUUGCCAGCUAUCAACACUCUAGAAGUGGCCGGUGACAUCCAGCUGACGCACGUGCAGACAUAGGCACGGUCUCUGACCUGGGGAUGAGGGCUGGGGUACCCUGUCUGCUCAUCUCUCCCCUGACUCAGCCCUGACUCCCCAAAUCCCAUCAUCAAAAGAGAGUCUCACUGGCAGGAGUCCCAGGAAGGUGAAAUUCCCAGUCCUCCCUACUCCACAAAGGGCUGGGCUAUGUGACACAUGGCUGUCACCCCACAGUCCCAGACAUCACUCCCAAGCUAGUUAUAUACUGAGGGAAGUGGCUCCCCGCGUUUGCUCCUAUCUCUGAUCCUUACUCCCUCUCUGGCCCUUUUCCUUCACCCCUCCUGCUCUUCACCCCUCCAGGAAGGCCACCCUGAUAUCAUCCCACUGGCCUCCAACUGACCCAGAAUGUCCGCAUUAACUUUUCCCCAUUCUCUCCCAGUGUCCAUAAAAUAAAGAAAUGAUAAUGCUUGUCUACA